GCAGGUUAUGUGGCUUUAUUUGUACAAACACGUGGGACCGAAGUCGACGAAUCGCGCGGCCCUAACGGAAUAUCUAAAAUAGCUCAGUGCGCGCUGAUGCGGGUUGGAUGGACUCUACCACUAACAAACGGAAGGAAACGAACAUAAACUCGGGAGUUGUCUAGUAGAAUUCUUUUCCCGCCCUCCGGGCGCGGGCCGUCGGCUCCGGUUCCGUCGAGUGUGUAUGAAAACUCGGCUGGAGUUGAUAUAAUGUACUAUCUGGACGGUAGAUGGCGGCGUCAAUCGCUGGUG